GUUCGUAGCUGCAAUGCAAUGGAGGCGGAGGACAGCAUGACAGGGUGUAGGGAACUUAGGUGUAGAAAGGGUUAAAGUUAGAGGGGGUGGUUAAUAGGAUCCUAGAAAUUAACUAUUGGAGGAGGUGAGGAGAGGGGGAGGAGAGUUCAGUGAGCUAGGUGAUGCUGGAGGAGGGGCAGCAUCAGUCCGGGGGAAGAAGCAAGGAGAGAAGUCCUGCAGCCUGUCUGUGUAUCGGGUCAGCGCUCUGGGUCAUCUGUGGAAAAGGCGAGGAAGGGAAGAAAAAUGUCAGAGGUAGCCGGGUUGUUAGCGCAGCUUCAAGCUGUUGCGGAGGUCCACGGCGCGGACUGGCUGCAAAGCCAGAUCACCGCCACUCUGCGGGGGGUGCAGCAGGCCCCGGUCGGGUCUAGGCCUGCUUCAACGCGCGCGAGGCGGUCGAUACCGCCGGAGCGCUUUAGCCCAGAUAAUACCCCCAGGUCACAGCGUCGGGUGCGGAGUCCCAGUAGGCCCCCGUCGGGCCCCCCCGCCAAGCAAUCUCAGUCUGCCACUGCACGGGCGGGGGGCGGGGGGGCGGGAAGCGCGCAGCGCGGGGGAGCCUCUCGGGUGCCCAGGCCUACCUCCCCUGUGUUGGUGCAGGCCCAGAUUCACAUGGCUGUCCCCGGUGGCGAUGUUCCGGUCGGGGGGGCGGCCCGGCGUGGGAAGGACCCUCAGACAGGCGCCGGCCUAGCUCGGUCCACAGGCGGCGGCCUCGCACGCGGUGGGGAUGCGUUCAGGGAUGCAGAUGGAGCGACACCAGGCCAGUCACGUCAGUCGGGAGGUCCCGCCUCCAGGCACCGUUCGGAGUCUGGGAGGGUUGACCGGAGGGGCAGUGGUGCUCAGGCUGCAGCCGCAGUGCUGAGGGAUGAUCUGAUUGAAGAGUUCAGCAGCGAUGGAGACGAGAGCCCUCGGGGGGUGGUGGCUCCCAUACCUGUCACAACGCCAGCUGUGUCCAGAGGUCGGGGAAGGAGUGAGGAGGUUCGUCAACGACCACACGGGCAGGCGGCGACCGGUUCCAGCAGCAGUGAAGAGGGGGAGCUGCCGGAGGACCCCGCGGAGGAUGGACGUUAUGGGAACCUGUCGGCUGGAGGACCUUCACGGCCGCGCCGAACCGAUCCCCAAGGUUGUCUGAUUUGGAUCCUAGGACAUUCAUUUGUGUUUUGGGGGGCAAGAAGGGCGGAUGUCAAGCCUGGGGGGAGACAGCUGGGGGUGCCCAGGGAGGAAGGAAGGGUACGAUGGAUAGGGAUUAGGGGUCUCAUGUGGCAGAAGGUGUUACCCGAAGUUCACAGGGGGGCUAGCUUAGACAGGGCCCCGGACAUUUUGGUGAUACAUGCGGGGGGGAAUGAUUUGAGCGUCCGGCCGAUGCGCCAGGUGAUCAAAGACAUACAAUGGGAUAUACGCCGACUGCGGGCCUCUUUCCCUGACCUGAUCAUUGUUUGGUCAGAUAUUGUGGCUCGCAUGGCCUGGAGGGAGGCCAGGUCAUUGGAGCGUUUGGAUAAGGCCCGGAUAAAGGUGAACAGAGAGGUGGGCAGGUUUGUGGUGCAGCAAGGUGGGAUAGCGGUUCGCCAUUCAGAUUUAGAAGUUGAGACUUGGAGGUACCUGAGGGGGGACGGGGUUCAUCUCAACCCGAUCGGGAUCGAUCUUUGGGCUCUGGGAUUGGAGGAGGGCGUUAGGAGGGCUUUCCUGGUGUGGCGGCGGGCCCAAGUGUGAGGUGGUCCCACUGGUGCCGCGGUGGCGGUGGGUUCCCCUGCCGUUUGGUAGAAAUAGACGGUGGUUAGGUAAAAACGGUGGGGGGGCAUAGUUACAGGGAUGGUGUCUGCCUUGGUGGUCUGGUGUCAGUCUGGACCACCAGGGGAGAAGUGGGUGGGUCUGUGGUCAGCUAGGUCUUCGAGUCGGUAGUCGCGACUGGGGACAUGUCGUUAGCUAAGAGGGUACCACAGGCCCAAAAGAGUGAUCAGGGGUUGUCAGGGGGACUGACAACCAAGGUAUGGUUAAAAGGUUUAACAAUUGAGGAAUAGGUUAAAUAUUUAAAGUUGGGUGAUAUAUAUAUGUAUAUGAUGGUGUAUAUAUAUAUAUAUAUACAGUUUUUGUAUUUGUUAAUAAAGGCCUACCAGGCCAUUUUAAAUCCAGCAGGUGUCAGUGUGAUUAUUGGGAAAGGUUUAAUGUUAAGGGGUAUAUGCUUGUAUUGGUUGGUGCGGUAAGUUAUCCGGCUGCCCUAGUCAAGACAAGUUCGUAGCUGCAAUGCAAUGGAGGCGGAGGACAGCAUGACAGGGUGUAGGGAACUUAGGUGUAGAAAGGGUUAAAGUUAGAGGGGGUGGUUAAUAGGAUCCUAGAAAUUAACUAUUGGAGGAGGUGAGGAGAGGGGGAGGAGAGUUCAGUGAGCUAGGUGAUGCUGGAGGAGGGGCAGCAUCAGUCCGGGGGAAGAAGCAAGGAGAGAAGUCCCACCCUCCCGCCCUAAUUAUAGGAGUUAGGUGGUUUUGACAGUACAGGAUGGCGGUGGGUUCCCCUGCCGUUUGGUAGAAAUAGACGGUGGUUAGGUAAAAACGGUGGGGGGGCAUAGUUACAGGGAUGGUGUCUGCCUUGGUGGUCUGGUGUCAGUCUGGACCACCAGGGGAGAAGUGGGUGGGUCUGUGGUCAGCUAGGUCUUCGAGUCGGUAGUCGCGACUGGGGACAUGUCGUUAGCUAAGAGGGUACCACAGGCCCAAAAGAGUGAUCAGGGGUUGUCAGGGGGACUGACAACCAAGGUAUGGUUAAAAGGUUUAACAAUUGAGGAAUAGGUUAAAUAUUUAAAGUUGGGUGAUAUAUAUAUGUAUAUGAUGGUGUAUAUAUAUAUAUAUAUACAGUUUUUGUAUUUGUUAAUAAAGGCCUACCAGGCCAUUUUAAAUCCAGCAGGUGUCAGUGUGAUUAUUGGGAAAGGUUUAAUGUUAAGGGGUAUAUGCUUGUAUUGGUUGGUGCGGUAAGUUAUCCGGCUGCCCUA